AGCAACAACAGUCAUGUGGCUCUCUUUCUUGAAUAAGCUUCUCCCGCAAUCCGCACUUGUUCCACAUUCCCGAUUCCUGAUCGAUCCGACCACCACCCGCGUAUGGCUCCGGCGCUCACUUCCCACAGCUUUCGCCUUAUCACCACCCGUCACCCCAAGUUCGAGCCUCGAACCUCUCCAAAGCCCUCCACUCCCAUCUUCUGCAGAAAGCCAAACCCCACUUCAUCCGAGACCAACAAGCCCAACCGCUUCUUCUUCGACCUGCCUAAAUUACCCGACCCCAAAUCCACAUCUCUCUUCUCCAUCCGCAUCCGCAAGGACCCCAACACGGUCUUCGUCGCCGGUGCCACAGGCCAAUCCGGAGCUCGCAUUGUCCUCACCCUCCUCCGCCAGGGCUUCUCCGUUCGCGCCGGUGUGCCUGAUAUCGCCUCCGCUCAAGAUCUUGCUCGACUGGCCGCUGCUUAUAGAACCAUAUCACCGGAUGAAUCCAGGCGGCUUAACGCAGUCGAGUCGUCCUUCGCAAAUCCUGAGUCGAUCGCUAAGGCGAUCGGCCCAGCCACGAAGGCUGUGGUCACGGUCGGAUCAGGGGAGAAUGGGCCCUCUGGUGAUGUCACCGCCGAUGAUGCCCUUAGUGUUGUUCGAGCCGCUGGGCUUGCCGGCGUAGGGCAUCUGGCUGUUGUUUAUGACUCGUGGCCCGGUGGGCUGGGAUCCGGGCAGUCCACCUACAACGUGUUCGACGGAAUUACUUCCUUCUUUUCUAACCUUUUUACGGGUGCUCCCGCGCCUCUGACGAUGGCCGAGUUGCUUGCCAACUUGGUGGAAACUGAUGGCGUUGCAUACACGUUCCUCAAGGCCAGGCUUACGGAGGAUUACGCACCAGAGAAUUCUUAUGCUCUAGUUAUCGGUAAGGAGGGCAGCAGCUCGGAUAAUUCAACCACGCUUAAUAACUCCAAGGUAUCCAAGUCCCAGAUUGCAAAGCUGGUGGCUGAUAUUUUCUCGAACGCUUCGGCUGCGGAGAAUAAGGUGCUGAUGAUUCUUGUAUAAUCCAAUAUCUGAGGGAAAACCAUUCAUUUUGCGUUCUUUCUCAGUGCCAUUCCUGAGGAUGGAAGAAGGAAGGCAUAUGCAGAAGCACUGGCAAAAGCAAAGGCCGAAGAAGAAGCCAUUAUAGCCUCAGAGAAAGUCCUUGAAGCAGAAACUGCUACUAAGAAGCUUGAAGAAGAGGUGAAAAAACUCUCAAAGCAACAAGCCCAGGCAGCCAGCCUCGCCAAGGAAGCUCAAGCUAGAGCAGAAGCAGCUGGCUCAACACUAGAAGAUCUCAUCAGCAAGGCAAAGGAUCUUGGCGAGGAGUUAUCUUGGAAGAAACUGAGUUCACAAAUUGCAACUGCAGUUUCUCCAAAUUCAUCUAAUGAAAAGCCACAGGCACAAAUUGCCACCAUAAGAGGCCAGGCCAAGGCCUCCAUUUUAUCGCCGAGAAAGGCUGUGUUAAAGCAGCAGGCAUCAAAACCAAAACCUAAACAGAAACAAGUAGAGCAAGAGGGAAAAGCCUCAAAAGCAGAUGUGAGGAGUGUAUUUGGAGGACUCUUCAAGCAAGAAACAAUCUAUAUAGAUGAUGAUUGAGCAAUGCAGGUUCCCUUCACUGCUCUUAAUGAAACAAAUUUAUAUAGAUGAUGAUUGAGCAAUGCAGGUAACUUUCACUGUUCUUUUUCAUUUAAUUUUCUGUAGAGGUUACAAAUGUGAGGAUAAAUUCUUUUGUGUUUUUGCAUUUUGCUUCGAAUGUUUGAGUCUUGUAUGAGUAUUUAUGUAAUUGUCUAUAAGCUUCUGCAAUAGUAAUGAUAUCUCAGUAUUCAUUAGUUGGCUACUUUCUAUCAUGUUCAAUGAACCUUUUUAGCAAGCUUGAA